CCUUCCUUGCCAGUCACCUCACCUUGGCCAUCCCCAUCAUUGCAGCCGUCCUCUUCUUCUUUGUCAUCAGCUGCCUGCUCCAGACAAGCUUCAGAGACCCAGGUAUCCUGCCCAGAGCCACCCCAAGUGAGGCCGCAGACCUGGAAAAGCGAAUCGACAGCAUGGGUACCUCUACCUAUCGCCCGCCGGCCCGCACGAUGGAAGUGGUCAUAAACAAGUAUGUGGUGAAACUCAAGUACUGCUACACCUGCAAAAUGUUCCGUCCUCCACGCACCUCUCACUGCAGCGUCUGCGACAACUGUGUCGAGAGGUUUGAUCACCACUGCCCCUGGGUGGGCAACUGCGUGGGGAAGCGCAACUAUCGCUACUUCUAUGCCUUCAUCCUCUCCCUCUCCUUCCUGACAGCCUUCAUCUUCGCUUGCGUCGUCACCCACCUCACUUUGCGCUCUCAGAGAGAUGGGUUCCUCGCCACUCUGAAGACGACACCUGCAAGUGUGCUGGAGCUGGUGAUUUGUUUUUUCUCAGUCUGGUCUAUUUUGGGCCUCUCAGGUUUUCACACUUACUUAGUCGCCUCCAACCUGACGACAAACGAAGAUAUCAAAGGGUCCUGGUCAAAUAAGAGGGGCUCGGAGUUUGCCAAUCCCUACAGCCAUAAAAGCAUCCUCACGAACUGCUGCGCGGUGCUGUGUGGACCAUUCCAUCCCAGUUUGAUAGACAGAAGAGGAUUUAUCCAGCCAGAUGUCGGGACCCCGUCCAGUCCUAAGAGCGAAAUCCCUUCCUUUGGAGCCAAAACUGACACCAGCAUGUAUCAAGAGCCCUGGUGGCCUGCAGCCCUCUGCCUCUCGUGGAGCACCCUGCGGGAAGCCAAGACACCGCGGGCAACACCCGAGACUACAGCCAUGACCACCACGAGUGCCUCCGCUCGCCAGGGCUACGUGGCUGCGCCUUCCUCCCUCCCGCCGCAAGAGAGGGGGGGAAGCAGCCAUGCUGGAAGAUAG